AUGUCUCAGCAACGCCCACCCAUGCAAUGGGGCGCUGUCCGCAAUGGACGUCGUCAUGAAUGCCCUUAUUGUAAGGUUAUUCUCCUUACCGGGGAGAUACCGGGUUUCUGCUGUGGCACUCGCGGAAGUCGUCUGCAAGAUGUUCCCCCCCUACCUCCCUUGCCAGACGAAUUCAAUAUUUUCCUCAACCAUCCUCAAAUCUCCAAAGUCUCUCGUGCCCUCAAUCUAAUCUUCUCCUUCGCUUCCCUCGAGACAACCCAUGACUUUCCUUCCUAUAGUGGCAGUGCCAUGUUUGCCAUCCAAGGGAAGAUCAUCCAUAAGUAA